AUGGCACCCUCUAUGUUCUUCUCAGUCCAAAGACGAGAGCCAGUGCUCCUGGUUCCAUCGCAGCCCACGCCUUAUGAGCUGAAGAACUUAUCGGACAUCGAUAACCACGAGAACCUACGAAUAUUGCAGGUGCCGAUGAUCCAAUAUUAUAGCAAUGAACCCUCGAUGAUAGGGCAGGAUCCGGUGAAGGUUAUAAAGGAUGCCCUCUCAAAGGCUCUGGUUUACUAUUACCCACUCGCUGGUCGGCUUAGAGAAGGCACAAAGAGGAAGCUGGUGGUGGAGUGCACUGGUGAAGGUGUGUUAUUCAUAGAAGCUAAAGCUAAUAUUAGGCUUGAACAAUUUGGUGAUCAAUUACCCCCUCCAGUGCCAUGUCUGGAAGAGCUCCUCUAUGAUAUCCCAGGAUCAGCAGGCAUCAUUGACUGUCCAUUACUCUUAAUUCAGAUUGCUGUACUUCAACCGAGCAUACAAAUAUGGAUGGCUGAUAUCCGGUUAUCAAAUCUCGAGCGCUGUAGGUACUUGUUUACCCCGAUGAACAAAAGAUGGAAUUGGUACCUCUUAGUUUUGGAUUUGAAGGAGUAG